UAUCUGCGUUCCUUUCCUUGAUUGCCUGCCGCUGACCUUUGCACACGAUUGACAUUACGAUCGCGUAGAGCUCGAGUUCGGUUUUGGGAAUUCGCGCCCUCUGGCAAUUCGGUUAAAUCUGCCAGAAUCCGUAAACAUGAAUCAAGAGACACGAAGCCGCAAUUCGAAACGAAACUCCACGGCGUGUGAGCAUUGUCGGGCGGCCAGAGUCAGAUGCCAAGCCAGUGAGCAACCAGGGGUGUGUGAAAGAUGCCUCGCCUUGAAAAGAGAGUGCAUCUCCCGUACUAGGCCACGGCCUCACCGAUGGGGACGCAUACGGGGAACGGGAGACAGUGGACCCUCGCCGCAGUCACCCGGCCAUCUUCGCACCUUUAGCAUUAACUACACCGUGCCAGUCAAAGCGGAUCUCAAUGAUAACUUCGAAACCCUGCUGGAGAUGCAUGAUCAGGCUCUUGAUACCGCACUCAUGGAGGAAGAUCCUGUUGAUAAUUCGCAAAGUGCAAGCCAAUCAGUCAGCCUCCCAAGCCCCUCAAGUUCGUCAAAUCAAUCUCAUCCAAUCUCCGACAUCUGGCGUCAACCUUUAUUCGAUAUGGCAUCCGCGGAAUCUCUCCUGGAUACCUUCAAGUCUAUGGUUAACUACCUACCGUUUGUAGUCUUUCCCGACGACUCUCCUCUCUCGUAUCUCGCUGCCACAAAACCUUUCAUUCUGCUGUCUAUCUUGACCGUAGCUUCUGGAUCAAGGAUGGUGCAGAAACACGCAUUAUAUGAUGAUGAGUUUCGAAAAGCUCUAGGUCUGAAGUAUGUCUCUGGUGGGGAGAAAAGUCUCGAGCUGCUUCAGGGCCUAUUAAUAUACUGCGCAUGGUAUCCUUCUCACUUGCGGCCCAAAAACGGACAGCUGGUUCACUGUUUGCGAAUCGCCGCUGAUCUUAUUCACGACCUUCAUUUGGAUGAAGACUUCCUCACAAUGCCUGAUCCGUUGGGUCGGGAAGUGACAGACGAUGAACUUGACAAGAUCCGAGCAUAUCUCGCCUAUCUAUAUCUUGUUUCUACGUAUGUCGUUGUAUGGAGAGGGGAGAAAGAUUUACCUACAAAAUUUCCCCCUUGGGCCAGUAACGCCAUCGACAUCCUCCAACACAAUGCCCAAGUCGACAGCGAUAACACGCUCGUGGCUCUAGUCCGCCUGUCUAGUCUCUUUUCCGAUGCAUCCAAGGCUACCAAUGAGAGCGACGUGCUAACCGUGCAAAAUAGUCGACUGAUUUUGAUUGGUCUUGAACAACAAUAUCAGGAAUUGCAGCACAGCAUGAACCACCACCUUAUCGUGGGAUUCGAAGCGACACGAAUGCAGGCGAUUUUUGUCGACGUAUUCCUUGCCUGCGGGAGCUUACUCGUCUUCCCCGUAGCGAAGACCAAUUUAUCUGCCAAAAUAACUUGCUUUCCUCCGCCAUUAUCCAAGAUCUACAGUGCCACGAAAAAGAUAAAAGCUUUUCUAGACUAUGUGGGCGAACUAAAUGAUUCGUCGGUCCUUUCAUUUACAAUCAACGACUGGACACGGCUCAUUGUCGUCCUUACAUUAUCAUUCCGCUUAUCAUUCCCGCUUUCGCUAUAUCCUGAAUUUGAUUCGGCGUGUGCCCGCUCCGAAAUUCAACUGGAUCAAUUCCUAUCUAAAAUGUCGCGUGGUGCAGACGACGCCACAGCUUCAAACGAUCUUCUGUCGGCUAGUCGCGCCAUGCUAGGCCUUGCUAAGUCGAAAUACGAACGUCGACUGGCCUCACUUGGAGGACCACCAUCCGUCGCCCCAACGAGCAGGUUUUUUGGGUGUCCUGUGAUGGACGGAAGCUUGAGAACAUCCGUGGAACAAUGGGAACCAAACUUCACGAAUUUAUCGGGGUGGACCGAUGCCGGUGAGCCGAAGGAUCUUCCCCUAUUUCACGAUGUAUGGGCAACGAUGAAUAUGGGAUGGGGAAACGCCAGUGACAUACCUUGGGAUACAGUGGAGAGUUUAUUUACGCCGCUUCAGCUCUGAAGGCGAGCUUGCCCCUGGAAGUCGACGCGAGAGAACCCCAUUUUGAGUGUUACUUGUCGGGUUUAAAAUUUUAAGGUAUUUUGUGACUGCACUCGCUUGGACCGCUUAGUCAAUCAAUGUAAAAAC